AUGAACCACUCCUGUCUCUCCCAGACCAGUGACACCACCAAUGUGACAGCAGAUCCACUGGGGGGCCAUGAAAUAUGGGAGGUGGUGGUGAUUGUACUCAUCACAGGGCCUCUCUCCCUGGUCACUAUCAUAGGUAACUUGCUGGUGGUGAUCUCCUUCCGGGUCAACAGGCAGCUGCGCACCUUCAGCAAUUACUUUCUGCUGAGCUUGGCGGUGGCGGACCUGAUCCUGGGAGCAGUCUCUAUGAACCUCUAUGCUGUUUAUAUUAUCAUGGGACGCUGGACCCUAGGCAGCCUGGCCUGUGACGUCUGGCUGGCUGUGGAUUAUGUGGCCAGCAACGCCUCCGUCAUGAACCUGCUGGUCAUCAGCUUCGACCGCUUCUACUCCAUCACCAGACCUCUCACCUACCGGGCCAAGCGCACCACACGCCGGGCAGCCGCAGCCAUCGGCCUGGCCUGGGCCGUGUCCUUCAUCCUGUGGGGGCCAGCCAUCCUGUUCUGGCCCCAUGUAGUGGGCAGGGAAGCACAGGACGGGGGUGACUGCUCUAUCCCGUUCCUGACCGAGCCUGCUCUCACAUUCGGCACGGCCAUCGCUGCCUUCUACCUUCCUGUCACCAUCAUGGGAAUCCUGUACUGGAAGAUCUACUGGGAGAUCGAGAAGCGAGCCCAGGGUCUGGAGGGGCUAAUGGGGUCUGGGAGCAGUGGAGGGGCCUCCCAGGUGUCUGGGCGAAGGGAUGUCUACUCCAGCAGUACCAAGAGCAGUGUGAGCAGCUCCAGAGAAGUGCCUGUGGGCAGGGAGCAGAGCUGUGAGGUGACCCAGGGCUGCUUCCCUGUGAGAGAGGAGCCUAAACAGAGCAGUGAGAGGAGAAUAGCAACACUGUCAUUGUCUCCCACCAAGGGGGCCUACAGGGAGGGCUGCAGAGACAGCAUCUGUAACAUAGAUGAGGAAGAGCCUACUGUCUCCCUUUCCUCCUCAGAGGAAGAACCAGUGCAGACGCAGCAGGGGGCGAGUGCUAAGACAAGCCCUAAAGCCAUGAUCCCACUCAGAGACGCCCAGGGCAGAGACACCGUAGGGGCCAUCAAACCCCUAACAUCCAGGGCAGAGGACAGUACAGCAGGUCCACAGGGCAGGCAGCCCCCCCUAAGGGGCUCCACAUCAGACUCCAGACGCCACAAGCAGCCCAAAGCCAAGAGGAGGAGGAACACAAUUGUCAGGGAGAAGAAGGCAGCCAGGACCCUGUGUGCCAUCCUGCUGGCUUUCAUCCUGACCUGGACGCCGUACAACAUCAUGGUGCUGGUGUCCGUCUCCUACUGCGUGCCCGAGAAGCUGUGGCAGCUUGGCUACUGGCUCUGCUACAUCAACAGCACCGUCAACCCAGUCUGCUACGCCCUCUGCAACGAGCACUUCAGAGUCACCUUUAAGACGCUGCUGCUCUGCAGGCCGGGACAGAGGAACUGGGGAAUGGCUUAUAACGCCAACCAUGCCUCCUUCAGGACACACAAGACCAGCAGUACUGUCUGA